AUGAAGGCAGCAGAUCAUGAUAUACUUCACAAGAUACCAAAUGCUGCAAGUUGUAUUCUACCAUAUCCAAAUAUAAAAAGGUCUUUGACGCCAUAUGUGGAAAAUGAAAAAUAUAACAUCUCAAGGUGUGGGCUUCAUGCUGACAACGAUAUAUACAGGGAUCGGGAACAGCAUAAAUCAACAAAUGAAUGGCAGUGUAGAUACUCACUAAUCACUAAAAUGAGAUCAUCUGUGACCAUGAAAUUAAAUACAGUUGUGUUAACCCUUACUGCAGCAGAGGAUGAUAUGCAGCAGAGCAUAAUAGACUUCACAAGGUACCAAUCCAUUUUUUCUGAUGCCGCCGAUAACAAUCUUUUCAGCUCCUGGACUCUGAAGUGA